AUGAACGGGUUGGAUCGCGAUGCUUCGCUGCACGGCGCUGAUGACGCGGCACGCGGCGCUGCAAGCCAGACGGCGGCAGGGCCGGAAGUGGAUGAUGCGCACUGGGUGUUUCAGAGACCGCCGAACAACCAGCGCACAUUCUACUUUCAGGAGGACGAUCUCGAGUUCUCGUCGCAGUUCGACAGCGGCAACUUGAUUCAGGUGGAGCGGGUGGGCACCUUCCAAUACCGCAUGUACACGGCAAUGGACUGCGGCAACGCGCCAUGGCAGACCAACAACCGCCAGUGGUUUCACUUCUCGGUCCGCGGCGGCAGCAAGGGCGUCGUCGUCACGAUCUGUUUUGUCGGCAUGGCACACAGCAAUAUGUUCACGUAUGAUUGGAUGCCGGUCAUGGCCGUUGUGCCUACGCGACCACAGUACACUCGCAUCGCUGGAAAGGCCCACGUGGAGGCCCUUGAGAAAAUGCCAGAGACUCCCGGCUAUCCUCUGCUUGUGCACAAGCCCGUGUCGAAGGACGACGCCGACAGUGACGGUGGCGGCGAUGAGGGUGACAACGACGCCGAUGCCGGCGCUGCUGGUGCCAACAACAACGGGGGCACUGGGGGAAUCGCUUUCUCCAUCUCACCUACGGGCAAGUCCUCUGGGACCAGCAAGAAGAAAAAAACUAAGAAGAAGAACAUCGCUAUGAACCUUACCUUUGACUUCAAAAUCGAGACAAAGAUCGCGGUAACGUACACGCCGCCGCAGGGGCGUCCAGACUCGCCCGCGAUCUACAUUGCAAGCAACCACCCUUAUACCUACUACACACUGCAACGCAACCUUGCGAUGUGGCAAGAGGCGGCGCGACGAAGUAACGCUGUGCGGGAGAUGAGUCUGCAGGCACCCGAUCACCAAGUGCAGCGCUCCAGUUCCGAGCAGCGUAGCGGGCCGGACUCGUACGCCGUACACGGCCUGGCCACAGCUCAGCCUGGAAGCAACGGAAGGAGUAAGAAGGGGGUUGGAAGCUCCAACACCGGCAACGCUGCUGUUCCAUGCUCUGCGGAGUUCAGCGAGGUGUAUUUCCACCGCGAGGUUCUCUGCAAAUCGUUGGAGGGGCGCGACGUUACACUGCUGACAAUUAGCGACUGCAGCCGCAUGACGGUAGAACGGGCACCCCUCCUUUCCAAGGAAGCCGGCCUUCCCCACUCCUCGGCGCUCGGCUUCACGCAGCGGCCGUACGCCUUCUCCGGCAAGCAGUACGUGGUGCUGACAGCUCGUGUGCAUCCAGGCGAAUGCCCAGGCAGCCAUCUUAUGCACGGCUGUAUUGAUUUGCUCAUGAACUGCACAGACUAUCGAGCGGCGGCGCUGCGGCACAACUUUGUCUUCUGCGUGGUCCCGAUGCUGAACCCGGACGGCGUUGUUCGCGGCCACAGCCGCGUCGACUCGAACGGCGUCGAUCUCAACCGCAUGUACCGGGACCCGUCGCGUAAGCGACACCCCGCACCAUACGCGGUUCGCGCCCUUCUGCGGUCUCUGGGCAGCCGCGUGGCGCUUUUCAUCGACAUGCACGCACAUGCGAAUAAGCGGGGCACCUUCUUUUACGGUAACAGCAUGGAUUGGGCCAACCAGAUAGAAAACCUGCUCUACGCAAAGCUGGUCUCGCUUAACACGCCCUAUUUCGAUUUCCGCAGCUGCAACUUUUCGGAGGCGAACAUGUUCGCUGUCAGCAAGUCUGGCAAGCGCAAGGACUCCUCCAGCCGCGUCGUGGCCUUUACCGAGGCCGGUAUCGUGCACAGCUACACCAUCGAAACCUCGCACGUGAUGGCCGACGCACUGAAUCCAGUCGCCCCCCUGACGAAUAAUCAAGCCGACCAGCUGGAUGCUGCCCUUUCAAGCCCACCGUCUGUUAUGCACUCCCCAGCAACCUUUCGCGACACUGCUCGUGCGAUGCUGCUGGGACUGCUGGACCUCAAGGGUAUGAACCCCACAAGUCGCCUGCCCUUGACACAGUUUCACUCCACCCGCGGACUGGCUCUUUGGCUGCAGCGGCAGCUGCAAAUCGAGUCCGCGGAGACGCUUUUUGCGCAGGCCUUCAAGCUGCACGGCAAGGAGGCUCAGGCUUCCACCAGCGAGUCUGCGAACACUCUGCUCGCGACCAUCAUGAAGAGCAUGGCGGCAGAGGAGUAUCCCGAGAAGAUCACCAUCAAGGAGGCGCGAUUGCUGCCGCGCACCACCUUCAGCGGUGUUCGGAGCUUUGUGCCACUGGAUACGGCCAUUGUGCUGCUGUCGCAAACGGCGCCAACGGGGCCGCCGCGCUCGCUUCUGUACAGCAGCGGCAACUGUGGAGCGGCAAGCGGCGCUGCCACUGCCGGGGGAGCCGGCAGCAAAGGCGGCGGCAGCGCUCAGCGCCGUGGCACGUCUCCCUCCUUUGGUUGGAACAGCUGCCCGACUGCGAUCCCGCCGGCGGUGAUCGCGACGCGGCGCCGUUCGAAGCCCAUUCUUCUCCCCAGUGACACAACUGUCGAAACGUAG